AUGAUACUCGCAACUGCCGUCCUCACAAAGGUUGCACAAUGGCUUUCCACUGCACACAAGACUAUGCCCCAAUCCAGUGAUAUAUGUCUCAUCCAUCUACUUCUCGUCGCUCUUUUGAUCGUCACGGCUGCCAUCUAUCUUGCACUCCGUCCUAGAAAUGUAUACCUUGUUGACUACUCUUGCUUCCGGCCAAGCUCCAACUUUAGAUACCCAAAGGCAACCUCCGUCGAGCAUGCACGACUCUCACCUUUGAUUGAUGAUUCUACUGCCAACUUCAUAGCUAGUAUUCAUGAGCGCUCAGGCAUGGGCGAUCAAACAUAUUUCCCACCAGUAGUUAUGCACAUGGAGCCAUAUUGUGGGCUUGAUGAAGCACGCACCGAAGCAGAGUUGGUCGUCUUCUCAGUGAUUGAUGACCUUCUAGCCAAGACGUGCAUCAAUCUUGAUGCGGUCGGUGUUCUUAUCACCAACUGCAGCUUAUUUUGUCCGGUACCAUCCAUCGCCGACAUGAUUGUAAAUAGAUACAAGUUACGAGGUGAUCUCCGCGUCAUGAACCUCUCUGGGAUGGCAUGCUCUGCAUCGGUGACCGCAGUGGGGCUCGCGAGCAACAUCCUGCGGUUCAUGCCUUGGGGGUCAUACGCGUUGGUGGUGUCAACGGAGAUCGUUGGCCCAUGCUACUAUGUGGGAAACAAGCGUUCCAUGCAACUGACUAACCUCUUGUUUCGUAUGGGCGGUGUCGCCAAGCUUUUGUCGACUUCUAGGUCCAAGGCUCGGUUUCGGCUUGGGCAUUUCACGCGAACGAUCACGGCGGCAAGCAACACUGCCUACCGGUGUGUGUAUCAAGAAGAAGAUGAGAAGGGAAACCUGGGGAUUGCACUCUCUAAAGACCUUAUGGUUGUCGCUGGUGAUGCACUCAGGGCUAAUAUCACAUCAACCGCAUCUCUUGUCCUACCAGCAUCAGAGCUUUUCAAGUAUGGAUUCUUAUGCAUGGCCAAAAAGGUGCUUCAUUGGAGGAAGAUCAGACCAUACAUCCCAAACUUUUGUGUUGCAUUUGACCAUUUCUGCAUCCAUGUCGGUGGGCCGGCGGUUAUCACCUCCGUACAACAUGGCCUCGGCCUAUCAGACAAGCAUGUUGAGCCAUCAAGAAUGACACUGCAUCGGUUUGGAAAUCAGUCAACGUCAUCAGUCUGGUAUGAAUUGGCAUACAUCGAAGCUAAAGGGCGGAUGAAGAAAGGCAACAGGGUGUGGAUGAUCGGGUUCGGUGCAGGGUACGAAUGCAACACUAUUGGUUGGAUGUGUAUACAACCAUCUUCUGGUGCGGAUGGACCCUGGGCUAGCUGCAUCCGUCAUUACCCAGUGGAUGUCUCCAACAAAGAUUAA